AGAGUGUUGCUCUGGCUGCCGGGUGGAAAACAGACUGAAGGAGGGUAAAGCUGGAAUGCAGGGGCUCGGGGGCGAGGCGAUGGGGCACAGACCAGUGGAAGCAGCUUCGAAAAUUCUGUGCACAGAACCAUCCAGUGCCAAAUUUUAGAUUUUAGAUUUAGGGCAACAAGGUGAUCUGGAAAUUCCACACCAUCCCCACUCUUUUCAUUACUAUAUGUCAUAUGUGUUGCAUACACACACACACACACACACACACACACACAGAUAGAGAGAGAGAAACAGAAAUAGAUAUGGUUAAGUUGCCUUAGCUGGAUUAUGUUUUACACAACAGGAUACCUGAUAUCUGUUUUAACAAUUUGUUCAUAACAAAACAAUUUGACGUGGGUUAGGCACAGUGUAAUCCUUCUCUGCUUUAACAUGGGCUUGGCAAAAAAAAUUCCCUCUUGCUAACAACUCUUUUGUGGCAUAUUGUCCUAAGCCACAUAUAACCCUAAACAUACUAAAUUACCUGAAAAUGGGAUGGGGAGCAUAAAAGGUUUAGUACCUAAUAAAUGGGCAUUUGAAUUGCUUUCCUCUUUUAAAAAUGUAUUCAGUUGUUCAAAGUUACUCUUCUCUUACUUGAUCAGCCAAAGCAAGUGCUUGAAACACAGCAGAAAACGCCAAGAGACUGCAAAUUCAUGCGUUUGCCCAAAGGUCUCAAACGUCAUAGGAGCAUCAUCUCAAUCAUUCCUCCAUGUGAUCUCCCUAAAAUGCACAUCUCUUGUCCUCUCUGCAACCAAAGCCAGUGGGAGUCGUGUGACAGCCCGCAGCAGAGGCUGGACAGCCACCUCCCACCAUCUGCCCACAAACAGCAUCUCAGUCCACGUACUGCUAUGAUACAUUUAAAUGUCAUCUUCCAUGUCCUGGCUAUUGUAAAUGGAGCUGCAAUGAACAUUUUGCAAAUAUGCCAGAGGAUUAUCCUGAUCAGUUUGAUGAUGUCAUGGAUUUUAUACAAGCCACCAUUAGAAGACUGAAAAGGUCACCAGAUAAACAAAUGGCCGUGCUUCCUCGCCGAGAGCGGCACCGGCAGGCUGCAGCCGCCAGCCCGGAGAGUUCCCGAGGGAAAGGCCGGCGGGGCCAGAGGGGCCGAAAUCGGGGGUGCGUCUUAACUGCCGUGCAUCUGAAUGUCACUGACUUGGGCUUGGGCUACGAAACCAAGGAGGAACUCAUUUUCAGGUACUGCAGCGGCUCAUGCGAUGCAGCUGAGACAAUGUAUGACAAAAUAUUAAAAAACUUGUCCAAAAAUAGAAGGCUGGUGAGUGACAAAGUCGGGCAGGCGUGUUGCAGACCCCUCGCCUUCGAUGACGACCUGUCCUUUUUAGACGAUAACCUGGUUUACCAUAUUCUGAGAAAGCAUUCCGCCAAACGCUGUGGAUGUAUCUGACUCCCGCUCCAGAGACCGCUGUGUAUUGCAUUCCUGCCACAAAGUGCAAAGAAAGGGACCAAGGUUCCCAGAAAAUGUUUGCCCAGAGUGGAAGAUAAGGACCAAGGAGGCGAGGAGGAGGAGGCGGGCAGCCGUUGUGGAGCCUGGCAGAGGAAGAUCCAGCGACAGAAAACUGGGCGGGAGAGAGAGGAAACAGCUGUCUGCAUUCUCCCAGAUGGCGGCCAGCGUCACCAGAAGCUCAGGGCUGGUGUCCCUGCUUGGGUGUUGCCAUCGUUUCAUCCGAUACAGUCCACCGUCGCCGGUCACGGGUACAGUCGCGGAUGCACUCGAAACCAAACCAGUGUAUCUCCUGUGGUUUGUUUUCACAUGUCUGGAGACACCAGGGAAAUGGUCCUCCUGGUGUCAUUCCCUGUCAUUACGUUUUACUGCUGAAAGCAAGAAAGGUUUAUUUUUCUGUCACUCAGUGGAGACAUACACCGGGCAAGGAGGAAAGAAAAAAAGCAAAGACACACACGAGAGGUAGUAGCCUUUGCUUUUGAAGGUUCAGGCCUGAGGUUUACUCCAGCCAGCGUUUUGGGGAACAGUGGGUGAUUGAUUUCAAACGUGGCGUGUGAGGUGGGAAGAGGUUGGCUAGGAACCAGAAAGGCUGUCCUCAUGACUAAAACCAAACCUGAAGGUAUUUCCUUUCUGUCCUUGGAAACAGGAAACCAGUUGUGGUUUUCGGCAGCAUUCUUGCAGGAGAGCGUUGGGGGAAGGCCCCCAGCUGCACCGGGGCGGGGAGGCCGCCGGGCUCUCGGUUUACAGAGAGACAGAUGUUACAUACACCCCAGCUCCGUUAUGCGUGGUCACCAGUGACCAGAGAAGCUACUCGAUGCAAUGCAUCUGUUUCAGAUACAGAAGUAUAGAGAAAAUAUUUAUUGAGAUUUAAGUUAUUGUUAUUUAUUACCGUUCACUAAUGAGUUUCUCUUUUUUCCCUUAUUUAUUAAAGUUUCUUUUCAAAGGUGCCAAAGUAUAUGUGCUCGCGAAAUGCAAAAGAAGGUGACAAAGGAAAUUUUAAUUGGGAACAAGGGUCCAU